CAUUGAAUAAAAAUUAUCGUUUUUCACACAAACUUUUUGUCAACAGCAGCUGAUACGUCAAAAAUGUUUUCGUCUUGAUUUAUCAAAAUUAAACAUAAAACAAGAUGGCACAAGAUCAGUAUCCACCCCUGGUGGGAUUAAUUUACGUUUUUAAUAUAAUUGUUGGAACUGGAGCCCUCACUUUACCAGCUGCUUUUCAAGGGGCCGGAUGGCUUUUCAGCUCUAUACUUUUAAUUUUAUUGGCGUUUGUUAGUUUUAUGACUGUCACAUUUGUAAUUGAGAGUGUGGCAUUGGCAAACGCUACAAUACAGUGGAGGAAAAUCCAGUCGCACAAAAUUGAUGAAAGCGAAGUUCCGAUUGAUUCUAGUUCAGAAGAAGGUGACAGCACAGAAAGAACAGCAAUUUUAAACAGCACAAGGCGUAAGAGAUUCUUUAACUUAAACUCCAAAGUUGAGUUGGGGGAAAUAGCAUCUUUGUACUUAAAUAAAUAUGGGCACAUGCUAUUCUUCUUGUCAUUGUGUAUAUAUUUAUUUGGUGAUUUAACAAUAUAUGCUGCAGCAUCUGGUAAAACCAUUGUAAAUUUAAGUUGUAACAGUGAAAAUGAUACUGAAGAUUACAGUUUAAAAUGUUGGGAGGGUUACAAUGUAACCAGGAUGGAUAUGUAUAGGGUUUUUGUGUUUUUAUUUGCUCUUUUAGUGGGCCCAUUCACAUACUUCAACAUCCAAAAAACAAAAUAUUUGCAAAUGUUCACAAUAACAAUAAGAUGGUGUGCAUUUAUAAUAAUGGUUACAAUGGCCAUAGUCAAACUUGUUAGAGAUGGGCCUCAAGGUCAUCCAAAAUUAAUAAAUUUAGCUGAAGUCCCUGCUUUGGCAGGUUCCAGUGUUUACAGCUUUAUGUGUCAUCAUUCGUUGCCAGGACUAAUAGCCCCCAUAUCCAAUAAAGUAAAUCUCUACAAAAAAAUUGCUUUGGAUUUUACUUUAAUUUGUUCUUUCUAUUUACUUCUCUCCCUAACAGGGUCAUUUGCUUUUAAGAAUUUAGAUGACUUGUACUCCUUUAAUUUCAUCCAGUCUGAUAACUCAAACUUUUCAAUGAAGAUUAUAGGAUUCUUUUUGGUGUCCUUCCCAUUAUUUCCAAUGUCAACAAGUUUUCCAAUCAUCGCAAUUACCUUACAAAGCAAUUUAAAGCAUUUAGUGUUGGGUCAUAGCGUGGAGAACGGCAAUAUUUUCAUUAAUAGACUGAUUUUUCCCACACUAGCGGUGGUUCCCCCUGUAAUAGUCGCACUCUGCACACACAAUCUCAAACGUUUAGUUGAAAUAACAGGGACUUAUGCAGGUGUAAUUGUGCAGUAUAUAAUACCAGCUGCACUGGUAUUUUAUGCCAGAAGACAGUGUUUCAGAGAUUUUGGGUACAAUAAGCACAAGUAUGCCAGUCCUUUUAGAAAUAAAUUUUGGUUACUCUUUAUAAUUUGUUGGGCAAUUGUCUGCAUUAUUUUUGUAACUGUGGAUAUUUUGAAGAAUUAAUUCUAUUUUUGAAAUCUCCAAUUUAUAAAUUUAUAUGUUCUGUGAUAUAAGAGCUAAAGACAACCCUGGUCCAAAUAUAAAUUUACU